UCACACUACUUGACACAGUCAGUUGGAAAACCCUACAUCACAUACAUAAGAACCAAGUGCUCAAUCCGUUCAAAAAAGUCCGUGGGUGACUAAAGAUGAAGAACCAGGACACCGAGGAGUCCGUCACGCAGUCAGCUGACGAGGCGCUACCUAGCGCCGGCGAGACGGAGGGACCCGAGAUGGUCAAAGCCGUUACAGACACUUCCAACCUCGCAAACACAGAGACCCCGCCUGCAGACACACCUCCACAGGGCGACGGAGGCGAAAGUGAAGCUGAGCCAGAGGGGGUGGCGGAGGCCGCGUCGCUCCCCAGCCUGGCUCCUGAUGUGGCUGAUGAGCUGAGCCGGCAGCUGGAGGACAUCCUGAACACCUACUGCUUGGAGGAUAGCGGCGAGGACGGAGCGUCCAUCCCCAACGGCCAAUCACACGGACCUGAGCUCAACGGCCUGGCCAAUGAGAGGGAGGACAGCAAGCCAGAGGAAGUGAAAGUGAACGGAGGCGGAAGAGGCGGUUCCGAGAAAGAGCAGAAGAAGAUACAGGACAAAAAAAAAGUGAAAGGACUAGGUAAAGAGAUCACCCUGCUGAUGCAGACCCUGAACACGCUGAGCACCCCAGAGGAGAAGCUGGCCGGACUCUGCAAGAAGUACGCUGAGCUGCUGGAGGAACAGCGUGGCUCUCAGAAGCAGAUGCGUGCACUGCAGAACAAGCAGAAACAGCUGCUUCAGGAGAAGGACGUUCUGAGGAGCGAGCACAGCAAGGCCGUCUUGGCCCGUAGCAAGCUGGAGAGUCUCUGUCGAGAGCUGCAGAGACACAACCGCACGCUCAAGGAGGACGGUGUGCAGCGUGCGCGGGUGGAGGAGGAGAAGAGGAAGGAGGUGACGUGUCACUUCCAGGUGACGUUGAACGACAUCCAGGCCCAGAUGGAACAGCACAACGAGAGGAACGCUGCGCUGAGACAAGAGAACGGGCAGCUGGCCGACAAGCUGAAGAAGCUUCUGCAGCAGUACGAGCUCAGGGAGGAGCACAUAGACAAGGUGUUCAAGCAUAAGGACCUACAGCAGCAGCUGGUAGAUGCUAAGCUGCACCAGGCCCAGGAGCUGUUGAGGGAGUCUGAGGAACGCCAUCACAGAGAGAAAGAAUUCCUCCUGAAAGAGGCUGUCGAGUCCCAGAGGAUGUGUGAGCUGAUGAAACAGCAGGAGGUUCACCUAAAACAACAGCUGUCGUUGUACACAGAGAAGUUUGAGGAGUUUCAGAGCACCCUGUCCAAGAGCAACGAGGUCUUCACCACCUUCAAGCAAGAGAUGGACAAGAUGACCAAGAAGAUCAAGAAGCUGGAGAAGGAGACGGUGAUGUAUCGCUCCCGAUGGGAGAGCAGUAACAAAGCUCUGCUGGAUAUGGCUGAGGAGAAGACCCUGCGGGACAGGGAGUGUGACGGCCUCCAGGGGAAGGUGCAGAAGCUGGAGAAGCUGUGCAGGGCGCUGCAGCAGGAACGCAACCAGCUCAGCAAGAGGGUCCAGGAGACCAGCCCAGAUGCCCCGGGCUCACCAACACCACCUGCAGACUCCCUAGAGCCCUGCCCACACCCAGACAGCCCUCCUGCCCCUGGCCCCAGCUCCCCAGGCCCUCACGCCUGCCACUGUGGUCCGGAGCUGGACUCUGAGAGCCAGGCCUGCUCUCUGCCGCUCGCUGCCCAGGAGUGAAGCCUCUCAGCUGGGGAGUGCUGCUCACAGGCUCCCCCGACCACCAGCCGACCUGCAGGUCACUGCUGCUGCGGUGUGUCUGAGGGCUCCAGAGCUGGAGGACGUUGGAGCUGAUUACUGAUCCAGGACCAGAUUAGCCUCGUCUGUUACUCCAGGCAUCUGAUCCUUCACCUGUCGUUAGCACUGACUGCCUCCCCCUCUGUCUGGUCUCUUGGGAGGGUUCAUGAUCAUGUUGAUGGGAAGAUUGUGCCUUCCAGAAGGUUCUUCUAGAGUGUUUUUGGUUUCUCACGUUGUUCUUUAAACUGUUCUACAUUAUCCUGGAUGCGUAUACGUGUACUCUUGCGUGCUAGAACGUGUCCCCAACAUGGCUGGGUUAGGGUUAGUAUCUUCCUGUAUCUUCCUGUGGGAGACGCUGAGCUCCUCUGCUGUACCAAGAGGCCGUAUCCUGCUGAUCUCUUCCCAGCCUGCCGGAGACUGCAGACUGGGUCUGACCACCUAGAGUAUGUUUCAGCAUGGUGAAGGCAGCUCCUCCCACAACAGGCUAGCUCCUCCCACAGCAGGCUAGCUCCUCCCACAGCAGGCUAGCUCCUCCCACAGCACGCUGGGCUGGUACUCCGCUCCCUCUGAAGCAGGACAUACUCAUGCAUUCCUUUCUUUUAUUCCUUUGUUUUCAUUACAAACUCCACUGACCACACAGCUAGACCAUCGAUAAAUUACUAGAAUAAAUACUGAUAAUGUUGAGACCCUGUCAGCUGCAAAGGGUUAGGGUUAGAUGCUUGUGAACCCUGUUUUGGGGGUGAAAGUUGUGUUCAUUUAUGAUAUGUGCUGCUCUACAUGACACAACAGUGUUGUUUUGUUGCACAAUGCUUCUGAUUUUGCAGGAUAUAUUUAUUUCAUAUAAUAUCUAAGAGUUAUUUGAACACUUGAGUAUCUAACAAAAACACCACUAUAUAUAUAUAAAUCUAUAACACCACUAUAUAUAUAUAAAUCUAUUUUUCUUAAAUCAACAUUUGUUUUCCGUGACCAAAUUAGGUGUUUCCUGAUUUUCUGUAAAUGUUAGAUUAGAUUCUACACACGUCACAUAGCUUCUUCUUUCCAUGUUGGCUUUCUUUGAAAUCCUGAGUUCUUUGGAACCCUGAUGGCUGUAUGCUGACCACUGACACAUCCCAGGGGAGAUUCACUAUUCCAUCUGUGUGUCUGAGAGUGGACGUGCAUUGCCUCUCAGUUCUGCUAGUAAAGUUUUGAAUCAAGUGAGGUGAUCAAAUGUUGAAUAUAUUUCUAUGCAACCCCUCUCUCUCCCCACCUCUCCCUCCUUCUCCCCCCCCCCCUCUCUGUCUCCUUCUCGGUGGUCUCACUCUUUGAUGAGCUCUCUCUUCUCUCUCCCCUCUUCCUCUUGGUGGUCUUACUCUACCAGUCUCAGUGGAUGAGGACCAGCUGAGAUUGGACCUCAGUUCUGUUAAUGCUGUCAUGGAUGUCUACACUUGUACCAGUCUCAAAGUAACACUCCUGGUUCUUGUCUCACUUUGACCUUUGAGUGGCUUGAGAACCAGUGUUGUAGACAAUGUUCCUUUACAUUCUAUUUGACUUCUGUAUUAGUAUGUGGUACAGGAUCAACAGCAGAGGUUUUCAAGGACCACAAAUGUUAAACUUUUCUCACUAUUCCCCAGAAAGCCAGACUCAGUCUUUAUCUUGAAAUACUUGAUGGGUUUAGAGAUUUAUCAAAAUUGAUCAGGAACCAAAGAUUCUGUCCUCAAAUUUGUUUUUGUUUGCCUUUUUUUUCUGUCCCGGUAAACUUGUUUCUUGUUAAAUAAACUAUUAGAUGAAAAUGUA